AUGUCAGACAGAUAUCAGCAGUCUGGGUCGUACCACUACGACCCCAGGCAGGUGUAUACGAUGCCAGAAAAUUCAAAUUCAGACCAGUCGAUCAACUUUCAGCAGCCGCCGCCAGCUGCACACGAAUCAUUCUCGAGAUCGCGCCAAACCUCGAACUACAUCCCAGCAGAGGAGGACUACUACAGUGAAAGACCCUCCAAUAUAUUCACCGCACCACAGCCGCCAUCCCUCCAGCCAUUGGGCCAUCAACUGCAGAACACGCUGGGAAGUCCUUUCUACGACGAGCCACAUCUUAGCAACUACGAACUAAACGAUUUCCACGACUAUAACAACUACGAUGCACAACUGCAACCAUUGCACCAUCUGUACAACCAUGCGUUUGUGCCCAACGUCUAUGCCGAUGAUGAUGACGAUGAAAACGACUUCGACCAGCGAAUCCACUACGGGGAUUUUGAAGGUGAAAAUUACGAUGCUUUCCAGCCGGUGAUCAUCCAGCCAAGCGAAGAAGAAUUGGUGGACUUGAACGAUCCUGAUGAAGACGCGAUCUCUUCGCCUUUUGGCGACGGUGAUGAUGAGACCUUAGACAAACCGCCUCCGGAUGGAGAACAGCCACAGAGAUACCACAGAACUGAAAUUCAAGGUCACAACGGUCAUUUGGUCUUAGAUUGUCCUGUGGCCACCGAAUUGUUGAGUAAAUUCCUGAAUUAUAACCCGGCAAUCAAAGAAGGAGGGGGUUUGCCAAGAGAGUUCUCCCAUAUGAGAUACACUGCUGUCACCUGUGGACCCUCCAAUUUCGAGAACCAAAGAUAUGUCUUAAGACCUGUCCAUUACCCUGCUCCAAGACAAACUGAGAUGCUUGUCGUCAUCACCAUGUAUAAUGAAGACGAUAUUUUAUUAGCUAGGACAUUAAAGGGUGUUUUCAAAAACAUUAAGCAUUUGGAAAGUAGAACAAGAUCAAACGUGUGGGGAAAGGACUCAUGGAAAAAGGUUGUUGUGUGCAUAGUCAGUGAUGGUAGAUCCAAGAUUAAUGAAAGAGCACAAGCACUUUUAGCUGGUUUGGGGGUAUAUCAAGAAGGGUUGGCCAAAUCUAGUGUCGAUGACCAAAAGGUCCAGGCCCAUGUCUACGAAUAUACCACGAGAGUUGGUAUUUCUUCCGUAGAGGACACAGUAAAAUUGACCACUGAAAAGAUUGUCCCCGUGCAACUUUUGUUUUGUCUUAAAGAAAACAAUGCUAAGAAAAUUAAUUCCCAUAGAUGGUGUUUCCAAGCAAUUUCUCAAGUACUUCAGCCAAAUAUUGUCGUUUUACUUGAUGCUGGUACCCAGCCAACAGGUAAAUCCUUGUAUUACUUAUGGAAAGAAUUCGACAGAGACCCUCAAGUCGCUGGUGCAUGUGGAGAGAUUAAGGCAUCAUUGAAGAAGCGUCAAAUUUUGACCAAUCCAUUGGUUUACGGACAAAAUUUUGAAUAUAAGAUUUCGAAUAUUUUAGAUAAGCCCACGGAAUCUGUAUUUGGAUUCAUUUCUGUGUUACCAGGGGCCUUCUCCGCAUACAGAUACAUUGCUCUUUUGAACGAUGUAAACGGUAAAGGUCCCUUAGAGAAGUACUUUAAGGGAGAAUUCUUGCAUAGUAGUGGAGAACUUGAUCCAAAUGAUGACGAGUACAUAUUAAAGAAAGAACAAUUGAAGGAAGAAGCUGGUAUUUUCACUUCCAAUAUGUACUUGGCUGAAGAUAGAAUUUUAUGUUUCGAAUUGGUAGCCAAAAGAGGUUGUUCUUGGGUGUUAAGAUAUUGUAAGAGUGCAAGUGCUGAAACCGAUGUACCAGAACAUUUGGCUGAGUUUAUAUUACAAAGAAGAAGAUGGCUUAAUGGUUCGUUUUUUGCCGCUAUUUAUGCUUUGGCUCAUUUCCCCAAACUUUGGACAUCCUCGCAUUCAUUUGGUAAGAAAUUUUUCCUCCAUAUUGAAUUCUUCUAUCAAUUUUUGAAUUUAGUUGUGUCAUGGUUUUCUAUUGGUUCCUAUUUCUUAGUCUUCAGGAUUUUGACAACUUCAUUGUCAGACUCUGAUUUGAAUUUUGCACCAGGAAAUGUUUUGUCGGUGAUUUUCCUAUGGCUUUAUUUAGCUUCUAUUGUCACCACGUUUGUUUUAAGUUUCGGUAAUACCCCGAAGGGUACAGAGAAGUUUUAUAUUGUGAUUGUUAUUUUCUUUGCCAUAUUAAUGGCGUAUAUGAUUUUUGCGGCUAUUUUUAUGGCUGUACAUUCGAUCCAAUCUAUAUACGCUUCGGGUGCCAUUACUGCUGCAACGUUUUUCAAAAACGAAGAGUUUAGAGAUUUGGUGGUUGCUACGGCAUCUACUUAUGCAUUAUACUUCAUUGCCUCGUUCCUUUAUUUUGAACCUUGGCAUAUGUUCACAUCAUUCGCUCAAUACAUCUUGCUUUCGCCAGCAUAUAUCAAUGUUUUGAAUAUCUACGCUUUCUGCAAUAUCGAUGAUAUUUCUUGGGGUACUAAAGGUGAUACCGGUGCCACAGAUUUGGGUGUGGCCAAGGUUAAGGAUGAUGGUACAUUCGACGUUCAAAUUCCAAUCAGAGCGGAAGAAAUCAACCAAUCUUACUUGAAUCAAUUAGAAAAGAUUAAAAGACCAAUACCUCCUGACAAUGGUCCACAUAAGAGAUCAAACGAAGAUUAUUAUGCCUUCGUCAGAUCUAUGACAGUAUUGGUGUGGAUGUUUUCCAACUUUGUGAUUAUUGCAUUAGUUUUAGAGACUGCAGGUAUCAAUCAAUUGUCUACUUCUACUACCGAAUCAAGAUCAACCAUUUUCUUGACGGUUAUUUUAUGGACAGUUGCCUUUAUGGCUCUUUUCAGAUUUAUCGGAUGUGUAUUAUACUUGAUACAGAGAUUCAUUGGUAAAUUCAAAGCUUCGAAGCUGGCAAGAAUGGUGAAGGUAUAG